AUGUCCAAGGUUCGUUGGACCGCUGCAGCGGACCAAACGCUGCUGCUCAAAAUAAUCGAAACCCACGAGCUUAGCGUUGACACUGCCAAGGUGGCCGCAGCUUGGCCGGACGAUGCGGAGGCAAAGCCCACCCCACGUGCAAUCAAGGAGCGAAUCUCUAAAAUCCGUGAACUGUCCAAGACUAGUGGUCUUGGUAUCACCUCCAACACAUCUACACCUUCGAAGCGCGGUCGCGGUGGAAGAAAAGCAGCAUCGGGCAGUCCAACCAGUGCACGCAAGCGCAAACGUGAGAAGAGCCCUGAGUCCAAGCCUAAGACCGAAGAAGAUUUCGAACAUGAGCAGCUCGUCGUGGAUGACAAUGGGCACGAGACUGCGGAUGAAAUCUCCCCGGCCGCGAUUUCCAAAGCUCCCCUUACUCCUCGAGGUCCUGGCGGAAAGAUCGGGGAGGACUCUGAGGCGGAGGUAUCUGGCAACAGACAGAAAGAGGAUGACGGCCCCGAGAAUGAUAUCUAA